AUGCGUUAUCUUAUCAUAUAUGCUCACCCUGACCCAAAGUCUUUAAACAGCUCGCUUCUAAAAGAGACUGUGGGUCAAUUGACCUCCCAAGGACACGAGGUGAAGGUCUCUGACCUUUACGCUCAAAAAUGGAAAGCUGCGUUGGACAGUGACGAUGCUCCUGUACAACAAGAACCAGGUCGUUCUCAUUUCACAUUCGAUCUAGGCUUAUCGUUCGAGAAAGGUAAACUGCCUGCCGAUAUUGUUGCUGAACAAGAAAAGGUCAAAUGGGCAGACCACGUUAUUUUCCAAUUCCCUCUAUGGUGGUAUGCUAUGCCAGCCAUUAUGAAAGGAUGGCUUGACCGCGUAUUUACAUACGGAUUUUCAUUCGAAAUGCUACCGGAUGGAGGAAUCGGAGGUUUACUAAAAGGUAAAAAAGCCUCAAUCAUUGUCACAGCAGGUGGGUCUGAAGAACAGUACACAUCAAACGUCCCUAUAGAGGAUCUACUGCAUCCGAUCCUUCAUACUUUGCUUAAGUAUUGUGGAAUUGAACCAUUACCUACCUUAACAUUUUACGAUACUAUUUCAAAGUCUAAAGAGGAGUAUGAGAAGGAAAAAUUGAGACUACAUAAGCACUUACAGACUCUAACCGCUGUGGAGUAA